CGCCAGACGGCGGCUGAGGAGGCAGCGGGAGGGGAUGGUGCGCCUGGCGGAGGCGGUGGCGGGCGCCGCUCCGGCUCCUCCAUCCCCCCCGCCGUCGCCAUGGGUGUGAGCGGGGCCCGGCGGCCUGCGCAGAUAUGAGCUUCCUUCACAGCUGUCCACAAACCUUUUUGUAUGAUGUCUCUGCUGCAGAGCGUGGCCUUCAUGGUAUCUUCUGCUGGAGUCAUAAGACCUGGUUUUCAAGGCAUCCAUUAAUAAGCUAAAAGUGAAAGAACCAUGGCUCAGUUUCCAACACCUUUUGGGGGCAACCUGGAUAUCUGGGCUAUUACUGUGGAGGAGAGAGCUAAACAUGAUCAACAGUUCCACAGUCUGAAACCAACAUCUGGAUUUAUCACUGGUGAUCAAGCUAGAAACUUUUUUUUUCAGUCUGGGUUACCUCAGCCGGUGUUAGCACAGAUAUGGGCUUUAGCUGACAUGAACAAUGAUGGAAGGAUGGAUCAGCUGGAGUUUUCAAUAGCUAUGAAACUUAUCAAAUUAAAACUGCAAGGCUAUCAACUCCCAUCUGCGCUGCCUCCUGUCAUGAAGCAGCCACCUAUUGCUCUAUCUGGUGCACCAGGGUUUGGUAUUGGGGGCAUUGCCAGCAUGCCAUCUCUUACAACUGUUGCCCCAGUGCCAAUGGCAUCUAUUCCAGUAGUAGGAAUGUCUCCGCCAUUAGUAUCUUCUGUUCCUGCAGCAGCAGUGCCUCCCCUGGCUAAUGGAGCUCCUGCUGUUAUACAGCCUCUGCCUGCUUUUGCUCAUCCUGCCACAUUGCCAAAGAGUUCUUCCUUUAGUAGAUCUGGUCCAGGAUCACAGCUGAACACAAAACUGCAAAAGGCACAAUCGUUUGACGUGGCUAGUGUGCCUCCUGUGGCAGAGUGGGCAGUACCUCAGUCAUCAAGACUGAAAUACAGACAGUUGUUCAAUAGCCACGAUAAAACAAUGAGUGGACACUUAACAGGUCCACAAGCAAGAACUAUUCUUAUGCAGUCAAGUUUACCCCAGGCUCAGCUGGCUACGAUAUGGAAUCUUUCAGAUAUUGAUCAAGAUGGAAAGCUUACAGCUGAAGAGUUUAUUCUGGCUAUGCACUUAAUUGAUGUAGCUAUGUCUGGUCAGCCACUGCCACCUGUACUGCCUCCAGAGUAUAUUCCACCUUCAUUUAGAAGAGUACGCUCUGGUAGUGGCGUAUCUGCUGUAAGUUCAGUAUCUGUAGACCAAAGGUUACCAGAAGAACCAGCAUUAGAAGAAGAACAGCAGCAACUGGAAAAGAAAUUACCAGUUACAUUUGAAGAUAAAAAACGUGAGAACUUUGAACGUGGCAAUCUAGAACUUGAAAAACGGAGGCAGGCUCUCCUGGAACAGCAACGGAAAGAGCAAGAGCGUCUAGCACAGCUGGAGCGGGCAGAGCAAGAACGGAAGGAACGUGAGCGACAAGAGCAAGAGCGGAAAAGGCAACUGGAGCUAGAGAAACAGCUGGAAAAACAACGGGAAUUGGAACGGCAGAGAGAAGAGGAGAGGAGGAAAGAAAUAGAAAGAAGAGAGGCUGCAAAACGGGAACUUGAGAGGCAGAGGCAACUUGAAUGGGAACGUAAUCGUCGGCAAGAACUGCUAAAUCAAAGAAACAGAGAACAAGAGGACAUAGUUGUUCUGAAGGCAAAGAAGAAAACUUUAGAAUUUGAGCUGGAAGCUCUAAAUGAUAAAAAAAAUCAGUUGGAAGGAAAGCUUCAGGAUAUAAGAUGUCGGCUGUCUACCCAAAGACAAGAAAUUGAAAGUACAAAUAAAUCUAGAGAACUGAGAAUUGCAGAAAUCACCCAUUUGCAGCAGCAACUACAGGAAUCUCAGCAGAUGCUUGGAAAGUUGAUUCCAGAAAAGCAAUUGCUCAAUGACCAACUGAAGCAGGUUCAACAGAACAGUUUGCAUAGAGAUUCUCUUCUUACUAUCAAAAGAGCCUUAGAAGCCAAGGAGCUAGCCCGUCAACAGCUUCGAGACCAGCUAGAUGAAGUAGAAAAAGAAACCAGAUCUAAACUUCAGGAAAUUGAUAUUUUCAAUAAUCAGCUGAAGGAGCUGAGAGAAAUACAUAACAAACAGCAACUUCAGAAACAAAAGAACUUGGAAGCUGAGAGGCUGAAACAGAAAGAACAAGAAAGGAAGACAGAACUGGAAAAGCAAAGAGAAGCUCAAAGGAGAAUCCAGGAUCGGGAUAAACAACGGCUGGAUCGAGUGCAACAAGAAGAAGAACCUCAGUGGCAAAAAAAAAAUCAAGAAGAUGACAAGCAAAAAAGGGAAGAAACAAUUAAGAAGAAGGAAAGUGAGGAUAAGGGGAAACAGGAAAUCCAAGAGAAACCGAGUAAGCUUUUCCAACCACAUCAAGAGCCAGUUAAGCCAGCUGUCCAGGCUCCAUGGUCAAAUGCAGGAAAAGCUCCACUAACAAUUUCUGCUCAGGAGGAUGUAAAAAUAGUGUAUUAUAGAGCACUGUAUCCUUUUGAAUCAAGAAGCCAUGAUGAAAUCACUAUUCAACCUGGCGACAUAGUCAUGGUGGAUGAAAGUCAGACUGGAGAACCAGGGUGGCUUGGUGGAGAAUUGAAGGGAAAAACUGGAUGGUUCCCGGCAAACUACGCAGAAAAAAUACCUGAGAGUGAAGUUCCAGCGUCUAUAAAACCAAUUGAGGCAGCUCCUGCACCUAAAGUUUCUGUGCAUGAAACAACCACAUCACUAGGAACUGCUGCAUCUACAGAGUGCACGACAACUGCCAACAACUGGGCAGACUUCAGUUCAACAUGGCCAGCAAACACUAAUGAGAAACCAGAGACAGACAACUGGGAUGCCUGGGCAGCUCAGCCGUCGCUGACAGUUCCCAGUGCAGGGCAGCUGCGGCAGCGAUCAGCCUUCACCCCUGCCACUGUUACAGGAUCGUCUCCCUCUCCUGUUUUGGGUCAGGGUGAAAAAGUGGAGGGACUUCAAGCACAGGCUUUGUAUCCUUGGAGAGCAAAAAAAGAUAACCACCUUAAUUUCAACAAAAAUGAUGUCAUCACAGUUUUAGAGCAGCAAGAUAUGUGGUGGUUUGGAGAAGUUCAAGGACAAAAGGGGUGGUUUCCUAAGUCAUAUGUGAAGCUUAUUUCAGGCCCCAUUAGGAAGUCAACAAGCAUGGAUUCUGGUUCUUCAGAAAGUCCUGCUAGUCUGAAAAGAGUAGCAUCACCAGCAGCUAAAGCAACUAUGUCAGGUGAAGAAUAUGUUGCUAUGUAUACUUACGAGAGUUCUGAGCAAGGAGACCUAACCUUUCAGCAAGGUGAUAUGAUUCUUGUGACAAAGAAAGAUGGCGACUGGUGGACAGGAACGCUGGGUGAUAAAACAGGAGUUUUCCCAUCUAAUUAUGUGAGACUCAAAGAUUCUGAGGCUUCUGGAGCAGCUGGAAAAACAGGAAGCUUAGGGAAGAAACCUGAAAUUGCCCAAGUUAUUGCCUCUUACACAGCAACGGGUCCAGAACAACUCACCCUUGCUCCUGGUCAGUUGAUUCUUAUCAGAAAGAAGAACCCAGGUGGCUGGUGGGAAGGAGAGCUCCAAGCACGAGGGAAAAAACGACAAAUAGGAUGGUUUCCUGCUAAUUAUGUAAAACUCUUGAGCCCUGGUACCAGUAAAACUACGCCAACCGAGCUACCUAAAUCAACAGCAUUACCUUCAGUGUGCCAAGUAAUUGGCAUGUAUGACUACACUGCACAGAAUGAUGAUGAGCUAGCAUUCAAUAAAGGCCAGAUUAUAAACGUCCUUAACAAGGAAGACCCAGACUGGUGGAAAGGGGAGGUGAAUGGACAAGUGGGUCUCUUCCCAUCCAACUAUGUGAAGCUGACAACAGAUACGGACCCAAGCCAGCAAUGGUGUGCAGACUUGCAUCUUCUGGAUAUGUUGACACCUACUGAAAGAAAAAGGCAGGGAUACAUCCAUGAGCUCAUUGUCACAGAAGAGAACUAUGUAAAUGAUUUGCAGUUGGUCACAGAGAUCUUCCAGAAACCACUAAUGGAAUCUGAGCUGCUAACAGAAAAGGAAGUUGCUAUGAUUUUUGUUAAUUGGAAGGAACUGAUUAUGUGCAAUAUAAAACUACUGAAGGCCUUGCGUGUGCGUAAGAAGAUGUCUGGAGAGAAGAUGCCAGUGAAAAUGAUUGGCGACAUCCUGACAGCUCAGCUGCCACACAUGCAGCCAUACAUUCGGUUCUGUAGCUGCCAGCUCAAUGGGGCAGCACUCAUUCAGCAGAAAACAGAUGAAGUCCCCGAAUUCAAGGAGUUUGUAAAAAGGUUAGCAAUGGAUCCUCGCUGUAAAGGAAUGCCACUAUCAAGUUUUCUACUAAAGCCUAUGCAACGGGUAACAAGAUACCCACUAAUAAUUAAAAAUAUAAUAGAAAACACUCCUGAAAACCAUCCUGACCACAGUCACUUGAAGCAUGCUCUUGAAAAAGCGGAAGAAUUAUGUUCUCAAGUAAAUGAAGGAGUGCGAGAGAAAGAAAAUUCAGAUAGGCUGGAGUGGAUCCAGGCUCAUGUUCAGUGUGAAGGCCUCUCUGAGGGGAACCUCGAUUGUUUUACUUUAUACAGUGCGUUGUUCUUCUUCUUCUACUUUUCGCAGCAACUCGUAUUUAAUUCUGUUACAAACUGCUUGGGACCACGCAAGUUUCUGCACAGUGGGAAGCUCUAUAAAGCCAAGAGUAACAAGGAACUGUAUGGCUUUCUGUUCAACGAUUUCCUCCUCUUGACUCAGAUCAUAAAACCUCUUGGCUCUUCUGGCACGGACAAGGUCUUCAGCCCCAAGUCUAAUCUGCAGUACAAAAUGUACAAAACUCCCAUUUUUCUAAAUGAAGUACUAGUAAAAUUACCCACAGACCCUUCUGGAGAUGAGCCCAUUUUCCAUAUCUCCCACAUUGACAGAGUCUAUACACUCCGGGCUGAAAGCAUUAAUGAAAGGACUGCAUGGGUUCAGAAAAUUAAAGCUGCUUCGGAACUUUACAUAGAGACUGAAAAGAAGAAGAGGGAAAAGGCCUACUUAGUUCGCUCACAGAGAGCAACGGGCAUUGGGAGGUUGAUGGUGAAUAUUGUUGAAGGCAUUGAAUUAAAACCUUGCAGAUCCCAUGGAAAGAGUAAUCCAUACUGUGAGGUGACGAUGGGCUCUCAGUGCCACAUCACCAAGACAAUGCAGGACACCCUCAAUCCGAAGUGGAACUCCAACUGCCAGUUCUUUAUCAAAGACCUCGAGCAGGACGUACUCUGCAUCACGGUGUUUGAGAGGGACCAGUUCUCCCCAGAUGACUUUUUGGGCAGAACAGAGAUCCGUGUGGCAGACAUUAAGAAGGAUCAGGGUUCAAAGGGACCAGUUACAAAGUGUCUCCUUCUCCAUGAAGUCCCAACAGGAGAGAUAGUCGUCCGACUGGACCUGCAAUUGUUUGAUGAGCCUUAGAAGGAAAGGGACCAAUGUUUUGGUUUUUUUUUUUGGUCUGAGUUCACUGCAAUAUAGGUAUCUGCAGAAGCUGUCACAAAACCCUUAUUGGUUUGAUACGAAACUACUGCUUGCCCUUCACACACAAGAGGGUUAUCAAAGCAAACAGGAGCAUCUUUGUGCCUUGAUAAUUCUCACUGAAAAACGAGUCCCAGUUUAGUGAGGAAGUCUCCCUCAAUUUCUCUAUGUGGAACCUGAUGUUAGUUUCCUGGGUUUAUGAAGUAACCUGGCUGUUCGUUGUGCUGCAGCCUGAAAGGCUGGCACACCACAUAGGUCCCCAUGCUUGCUCCAGUUACUCUACUCGUUAAUUUACAUGAAGAAGGCAAUGUUGGUAUGUUUGGUGGCUUUCUGCAGGGUUUUCCCCCAAAAGGAAUUCUGUGCCUAUUGCUCAGCAAAGUGGCGUGUAAAUGUUUUGUGAAUUGAACAAGCAGUUAUGCAGUAAGAAGAUCUCUGGAGAUCUUCAUGGCGAUACUGAAAAUAUUUAGAAAAUAAAUAGUCUAUAUCUAUAAACAGAGAAGAUUCUAUUAACAUACCACUUCAUGACUCACAUUGCCCCCAGAAUAAAUUACGUGCAGGCCUUGUGCACAGAGAUGAGUUACACUCCAGAAGAGUCCACCCACUCAGUACCUUUGGAAGAAGUGUUUGAACAGUGAGUGAAGGACGGAAUAUAGAGCCCUGCUGAAUGUUGUGCUGUACCACUUCGGUACUGUUUUACUACUGCUGCUCAGUUGUGUGAAUGCAGAUGGAUGUUCCGUCACCUGCAGUGAGGAAGGAAAACAAUGAUGGCUCUCGCUCAGGAAGCUCAUUUCUACCCCGCAGAGUCUAGUUUGCAAAGCAAUCAGUGGUGACCAGUUAUUAAACUGUACUGUGCCUGACUGCAUUCGACAUCGUGUUGCUGAAUUCAGGGCAGUAGCACAUUGUCACUCACAGCAGUGUUUGCUGCAAACCGGGCUGGUCACAAAGUUGGUGGCAAAGAUGGUAGACGUGAACAGAAUGAAGUGUUUUGUGAUUGUAUGGAGUGGGUAACCCGAGGGUAAUGUCUUUUUCAUCUUGGGGAACACAAAAGGUUAUAUAUGUGUUUAACUCAACACAUAGCACGCAUACAGGCCAAUGUCCAGCAAACUUCCCGCGUUUGGCAAACCAUCUGUCCCUA